CUCGUCUUUGCACCGGGAGGCGUCCUCUCUUUCCCACUUCGGCGACCAUGGCAAGCACAUCUCCCGCCGGACGGGACAGCAGCAAGGGCAAGAACAAGGAGCCGAGCGGCAUAUCCACACUGGGCACUACAAUGGCACUCCCUAUCACGACCUUGUCAUCUUUGCUCGCCAUGCAAGACGUAGAGGACCACAAACCACGGCUAUCCAAGAUCUCAUGGCUUCCCGAUCUCCUCGUCUUUCGAGGUUCUAUACUACCCACCAUCAUUGGACCGGUGCUCUGGGUCACCCUGUUCUCUGCCGGCGUAGCGGCUGCGAGCAUCUGGUGGGGAAAGGAGGUGGGGCUUACCAACAAUGUGGUCCCACUUCUCAGUGUCGUUGUUGGUCUGCUCCUGGUGUUCAGAAACUCAUCUGCGUAUGAACGCUACGCCGAAGGCCGCAAAGACUUUACAGCCCUCAUCUCCGUUGCUCGGAACCUUUCCCGAAACAUAUGGGUUUCUGUGACGCUACCCCCGACACCCACGGACGGCUCUGAGCCCCUUAUGACACGUGAACAGUUGACGCUGGAGAAAAUGAAGGUGAUCAGGCUGGUCGUGGCUUUUGUGGUGGCGACAAAGCAUCACCUGAGAGCAGAAGGCGGAGUGCAUCAUGACGACCUCAAGGGUCUACUACCCCCGAGACUUGCCAAUUCUCACCUUUCCGAUCUCAAGUCCUCCAUGCCUCUUCUCCAGCCGCUUCCCGAAGAAAACAUUGAAAACGUACAAUCUCCUUCAUACGCAGCCGCGGUUACAGGCUCUCCCAAGUCUAUUGCCUCUGAGCUGAGCGACAAAAAAGAAGACGAAGAGUCCUCCGUUGGCUUAAGUCGAUCAUCCUUCUCUCCAACCGCGCCUGUCUCUCCGAGCCCUUCUUUGAAAGGGAUCGUACCAAGGGCUUCUUCUCUCAAGUCACUAGCCGGAUCUCGACCCCGGACGCUCAUGAAGCGCCGACCCACUGCAGUACGCGUGGUCGUUCCAGAGGAUAUCGCAGAGAACCACUCCUCUUCGCAAAUGCAUUCCCGCUCGCACAGUCGUACGAGGCAAGGCAGGACUGAUGAGAGGACCCCCCUUAUCAAACCAGGAGUGAAGCCGGAUCCAAUGACGACGCUGGGUUUGCAGAAGAAGGCCGAGACCGGGCUUGGACGGAUGGUGGAGCUGGGUCUCCCUCUGAUCAUAGCCCAUGAUAUCUCGAGGUCAAUCUUCAAGUUCCGGAGGAUGGGUUGCCUGGAAGCGGUUGGGCCUGCUGGUAUGAACGCGUUACAAGCUGCCGUCUCCAACAUGACCGAUCAGCUAGGUUCCAUGGAACGAAUUGUCCAAACCCCUCUCCCCUACAUCUUCUGCGUCCACCUCAAGCAGGUCGUCUCUUUGUACUUGUUUAUCCUUCCCUUCACUCUUGUCGACGCUACCGGCUGGAAGAUGGUGUUCAUCAUGUUUUGUAUAUCAAUGACAUUCAUGGGAGUGGAAGGGAUUGCGGCGAUGAUUGAGCAGCCUUUCGGAACGUGAGUCGCUCCCAGGGGUUACUCGGUUUGGAUACUGAUGCUCAUAUCAGGGAUCCUUGUGAUUUGAACCUCGAUCUGUACUGCACAGAGCUUCUUUGUGAAUGCGAAGCUAUACUGGAGCGACUUCCAGAAGGCGAUGAUGAUGAUGUACCCAUCUACGAGCGCUCCAUUCUCGAGCAAGCGGCUGCUGAUUAUGGUGCCGACGACGGGGGAGACGAGUAAGGCUGUUGCAAGACUGUGAAUUGAUGACCACUACGAGACCUACGAAUGCCCCAGACGGAAUUUAACGACCUUGUACUAUACGCUGCCAUUGUGACGCGAAAUGAAUGCUUAUGACUUGAU